UCUGGGCUCUGUGUGUCUGUCACUGGAGCCAAGGAGGGUGGGAGGGUUUUCUUCUACUCCUCUUAGAUUACCAGUUCCUCUCAUCUUUUUCUGUUUUACUGUGACUCUAUCGCUUAAUAUCUUUUUUUGUUCUGUCAGCUUCCCUCAAUAUUUUUGCCUCAGUCUGGAUCCGAGUCCAACUUGUCAAGGACGGUCUGCGUAAAUAUGAUCAGCACCAGUUUGCAGCGCAGUGAAGACUGUCAGCGCGACUGGAAUUAAAUUGUCCAAACUGAAAACAAGAGGAGCUUUCACCUGUCAUAUUUCAAAGACUCUACAGCUGCACUUACUGUCAUCUCUCCUCCAUAACCGCUGGCAUUUCACUCCCGAAGGCUGUGCACCCCUCCAUGCUGACAGAGAGAGUCCCUGUCGGCCUCAUGUCCUCGGUUGUAGCCCCAGAGAAGCCCACCUCCAACACCAUGGGCCCCAAAGAGGUGGAGCUGAUCCUGGUGAAAGAGCAGAAUGGGGUCCAGUUCACCUCAACCACCAUAGUGGCUCCGACUCCUCCUCAGACCAACCAAGAGGAGGAGAGGGAGACCUGGGGGAAGAAAAUCGACUUCCUCCUGUCUGUGAUUGGGUUCGCAGUGGACCUCGCCAAUGUCUGGAGAUUCCCCUACCUCUGCUAUAAGAAUGGAGGAGGUGCGUUCCUAGUGCCAUACCUGUUCUUCAUGGUGAUAGCAGGCAUGCCUCUCUUCUACAUGGAACUGGCUGUGGGGCAGUAUAACAGAGAGGGGGCUGCAGGCGUGUGGAAGAUCUGUCCUAUAUUUAAAGGUGUAGGCUUCACAGUGAUCCUCAUCUCCCUCUAUGUUGGUUUCUACUAUAACGUCAUAAUCUCCUGGGCGCUGUUCUACCUCUUCUCCUCGUUCACCAGCGAGCUGCCGUGGGUCCACUGCAACAACACUUGGAACAGUCCUAACUGCUCCGACCGGGCUGACAACAGCUCAGUCAGUGACAUUUACAAGCCCACGCCUGCUCAUGAGUACUUCGAACGAGGGGUGCUCCACAUCCAGGACAGUAGAGGUAUUGGUGAUCUGGGCCGUCCACGCUGGCAGUUGACUUCCUGUCUUGCUGUAGUGAUUGUUCUGCUCUACUUCAGUCUCUGGAAGGGAGUCAAGACCUCUGGAAAGGUUGUGUGGAUCACAGCCACAAUGCCCUAUGUGGUCUUGACUGUGCUGCUGCUCCGCGGAGUCACCCUGCCUGGAGCCAUCGAUGGCAUUAAGGCUUACCUCUCUGUGGACUUCCUGAGACUCUGUGACGCCAAGGUCUGGAUCGAGGCAGCGACACAGAUCUGUUUCUCUCUGGGAGUGGGGUUUGGUGUGCUAAUUGCCUUUUCCAGCUACAACAAAUUCAGCAACAACUGUUACAGAGACGCCAUCAUCACCAGCUCCAUCAACUCUUUAACCAGUUUCUUCUCCGGCUUUGUGGUCUUCUCCUUCCUCGGGUACAUGUCCCAGAAACACAACAUAGCCCUGGACAAAGUUGCCACAGAUGGUGCUGGUUUGGUGUUUGUCAUUUACCCAGAAGCCAUUGCAACAUUACCUGGAUCGUCGGUGUGGGCGGUUAUCUUCUUCAUCAUGCUGUUAACACUGGGUAUUGAUAGUGCUAUGGGUGGGAUGGAAUCGGUGAUCACGGGGCUGAUUGAUGAGUUUAAAUUCCUCCACAAGCACAGAGAGCUGUUCACCCUCUUCAUUGUGGUUGCCACCUUCCUUAUAUCUCUCUUCUGUGUUACAAAUGGUGGGAUGUAUGUGUUCACUCUGCUGGACAAUUUUGCGGCAGGAACAUCGAUUCUCUUUGGAGUGCUUAUUGAAGCCAUUGGCAUCGCAUGGUUUUACGGAGUGGACCGAUUCAGUGAUGACAUCGAAGAGAUGAUUGGCCAGCGACCAGGCAGGUACUGGAGACUGUGCUGGAAGUUUGUCAGCCCCUGCUUCCUCCUGUUUAUGGUGGUGGUGAGCUUUGCCACAUUCCACCCUCCAACCUACGGCACCUACAUGUUUCCUCCAUGGGCUAACAUGGUGGGGUGGUGUCUGGCCAUUUCCUCAAUGUCCAUGGUGCCUCUCUACGCCAUCUACAAACUCUGCACACUGCCUGGAAAGUUCUGUGAUCGACUGGCUUAUGCCAUCACCCCAGAGACAGAACAUCACUUGGUAGACAAUGGGGAGGUUCGGCAGUUCACACUGCAUCACUGGUUGGUGGUCUGAAAAGCACAGAGAGAUAAAAAGAGUGAAAGAGUGUGUGUGUGUGUGUGUGUGUGUGUGUGUGUGUGUGUGUGAGAGAGAGAGAGAGAGAGAGAGAGAGAGAAAGAGAAAUAAAAUGGAGUAUGGGCAGUGGGUGGAUGAAUGAAUGCACAGCAAAGGUCUGAAGAACUACAAAGAAGAAAGCUAUGGCCAUUUAAAUCGAUCACGAUGGCGGCGGUGGUGGGAGCAGUAUAAAAGUGCCGACACAAAAAAAACAUAGACAUUGUAGUGUGCUUUAAUUUCAACAGUGGAUGUGUGAAGCUGUGCAUUGACCCUCUCCACUAUUGUGUUGACACUGGUGAACGGGAUUCAGUCAAACAUGUAACGUGGUGUUCAAACUGCUUCUUCCAUAAAUACAAAAUUCUUCCUUAAAGGAACAAUAAAAAGAUUCAAAAUUUUGUUUAUAUUUAAUGGGGUGAAGAUGUUGAGUA